UUUUUAUUAAAAAAAGAAAACCCCCUCAGAUUUCUCAAAGAACUUAAAAUGGUAUUUUCUCAUCACUUGCUGUGGAUCUGAAAUGAAAAUUUCUAUACAGUAAAUACCCAUCAGAGAUAUCAACAAAUUAAAAAGAUUUGGUCUUGUAGGAGAUGGAGAAGUGGGUGUUGAGAUACCUAGCAGUGGUAAUAACGGCGAUACUAUGGAGGAUGGAAAGGACAUGUGGGAUUAGAUUCGUGAUAGACAAAGAAGAAUGCGUCUCUCACAAGGUAGCAACGGAAGGUGACACUCUUCAUAUCUCUUUCGUCGUCAUUGAGGCUGAUUCCUCUUGGCAUUUCACUGAUUCCGAUCAAGGUGUUGAUCUCCUGAUAAAGGGGCCUUCAGGCGAUCUACUUCAUAAAUUUCAUGAUAAAACCAGUGAAAAGUAUGAGUUUGUGGUGUACAAGAAAGGGCUUUACCACUUCUGUUUCACAAACAAGUCUCCUUAUCUUAUAACAAUCGAUUUUGAUGUGCAUCUUGGACACUUCACGUUUUAUGAUCAACAUGCAAAAGAUGAGCAUUUAGCCCCUUUGAUGGAGCAGAUAUCAAAGUUGGAGGAAGCUCUUUAUAAUAUUCAAUUUGAACAACACUGGCUGGAGGCUCAGACUGACCGCCAGGCACUGGUGAAUGAUAAAAUGAGCAGGAGGGCAUUGCACAAGGCAAUGUUUGAAUCAGCUGCCUUAAUUGGGGCCAGUGUCCUUCAGGUCUAUCUUCUGCGACGUUUGUUUAAUCAAAAGUUUCGCAUAUCUAGAGUCUAGCCUUCAAAGGAGCAAUGAUCACCUGAAUUACAAGGCAGAAGCAUCAUAUAUUUCGUGUUUGAUAGCUUUCAAUGAUGAAGAGAGCUUUUAAGUUUUAAUUUUGUAAGUUGUUUUCUCUAAGUUUUUAAUGUUAAAAAUCAACUACCUAGUUGAGAUGAUUGAUUUACGACUAA